AUGACAUCUUACUCAGAGAAAGAGGUCGUGCUCAUUACAGGCGCAACGAAUGGUAUUGGCCUGGACACGGCGAUUUACAUCGCGUCCGCCUCCCCAAACUAUCAUGUCAUCAUCGGUGCACGCAACCUUUCGAAGGGUGGGACCGUUCUGAAAGAACUGCAAGCCAAACCGGGCAUCCAAGGCACCCUCUCUCUGAUACAACUUGACGCCAACGACGACACUUCUAUCGAAGCGGCAGCCAAGAAAGUUGAGCAGGAUUUUGGACAUCUUGACGUCCUUAUCAACAACGCUGGUGUUUGCCCAGAAAGAGAUGAAACAUGGCCCAACCGAGAGCUGAUGCGCACGAUUUUCGAGACCAACGUGUUUGGCGCAACACUUAUUACCCAGGCUUUCAUUCCCCUAAUGAAGCAUUCAUCCAACCCACGCAUCAUUAACGUAAGCUCCAGCCUCGGCAGCAUUGGCGCAAUCUCAGACCACAGCGGCUCUUACUCUGGUGUGAAAUAUCCUGGAUAUCGCAUGAGCAAAGCUGCACUGAAUAUGUUGACAGCAUACCAGUACUAUCAGCUCAAGCCGGACGGCUUCAAAGUCUGGACCUACUGUCCUGGCUUUGUAGUAACGGAUCUGGGCGGCGAUAGAGAACAGAGAGUAGAGAACGGCGUCGAAAGCUCAGAGACAAGCGCAAAGGGGCUAUUGGAAAUCGUGCAGGGUGAAAGAGAUGCUGAAGUGGGUGGCUUCAUUGCCAAGUAUGGACAAAAGCAUGAUUGGUAG